AUUUAUUGAUAAUGUAACUACAUGUUCAUAUUUGUCAUUGUAUUUUUUUAGAACCAAUUAGCAGCAGCAUGGAAGAUCAACAAGAACAAGACAAGAUGUCAACAGAAGAAGAAACAUUAGACAAGGAAAUAUUGAAGCUUCACGAAAUAACAGGGUACAUCAAACAUGUGUCACCGAUUAAACAAAAUGCGAAAGAAUUCAAGUGGUUCGACUGCGAGUUACAAGUACAAAGUGGCACCAUGAGAGCAGUUAGCUUUGAUACUAGUGAGCAAGCUUUAACAAGAUUUCAAGAAGCCGCCAAGUCUAAAUCCCCAGUCAAAUUAACAAAUUUUAAGAUUGGAAGCAAAAGACCUGGAAAACCACUAGACAUAAUAGUUAGAAAAGAAACAAGACUGGAACAUGUUCAAAACAUCUCUUUUGACUACAAGGCAACUCCAUCAGCCGUGAGUAUACAAAUUGGAAACAUUAACAUGUUUAAGUCUGGUCAACUUCUUUCCGUUAAAGGCCUGGUUUCAAAUGUUCAAAGCAAGAAAGAUGUAACAACAAAAACAACCAAGAAAGUUGUAUCACUGCAGGAAUGCCAGUUAUCUGAUACCACUGGAAGUAUCAAGUUGACCUUGUGGGAGGAUUUUGUCAACAAGUGUGAAUCAGGCAAAACAUACAACUUUACCAACCUGCGCUUAAAAAAUGAAUUUCGUCAGAAGUCACUUUCAACAACACAGAAUGGAUGCACCAUGUCAGAAACUGAACCGAUCCCUGAUUUGGAGGCCCCGGAAGAGUUGCCAACUAACACAGUUAAAUCAAGAAUGGCAAUAUUUGCAGUUUCACAAAUUUCAUCAUACAAUGCAUGCAGUGUAUGUGCCAAGAAAGUACAAGACCACCCUACCCAGCCAAGCCUUAUCAAAUGUUCCACCUGCCAGUUAACAAUGAAUAAGAACAAGAGUGUCAUCCAGUUCUAUGCAAAGGUGUUAUUUGAGCAUGUAGAUGAUGGCAAGAAAGUGCCUCUUACAUGCUUCCACCAGCAUUUAGCUGCUUUGAUUGAAAUUCAWAACAACCGGUCUGGGGUCCAAGAAAACAUUGACAAUCUUGAUGAAGCAAGCGUGGAAGCUAUUCUGUGCAGUAUUGGAGAAGUCACAGUUACUUAUAAUUUUGUUCAUACAAAGAUAAUCUUUAUUUAACAAUAAGAUUGCUUUCUUGCUUUAUUAAAAACAAUUCAAUYGUUGACGUUUAUUUCCAUUUUACUGGUUUUAUACAAGGAGGAAGAAACAAAAUAAUGAUUAUUUUUAAUCACAGUUUAAAGAUUUGAUUUUUUAGAAAUAUAGUUUAGUAUUUUUCAUAAUUAUAYAAAAUAUUAUAUAAAAAGGAAGCAACAUAAAGACCGAUUUAGAUAGCACACCUUUUGUUUACAACCAUUGCAUGCAGCCUGCAUAAGUUAUCUUUAAACAUGGCUACUGUUUUAGGGAUUUAAAACAAUCGCUUAAUAACCCUACAACAGUUGUAGCCAUGUUUUAAUGAUGACUUACGCAGGCUGCAUGCAAAAAGUUGUAUCGUCUAAAUCAGCCUUAAGUGAACAAAAUGAUUUUUUUAAAUCACAGUUUAGAGAUUUSAAUUUUCAGAAAUAUAGUUUAAUAUUUUUCAUAAUAAUUGAAAACAUUACGGAUUUUUAUUAMAAUGUUUAAAAAGUUAUUUACAAAUUUUCAGAUUUAUAUAUUUUUACGUUUAAAUUGCAACUUUGUAUUAAUAACAAUUAAAAUAACAAAAUGAAAGUUUCUUUUCUACGUUUUAGAUAUAUUCAACAACAGUUCGAAUUUUCUUUUUMCAAUGUAACAGAGUUAUCAUACUUUAUCAAAUAUUGUUAUUGAUCUUUUUACUUAUGUACUGUAUAAGCAAAAUAAAUGAUAACUACUAUAACCCUUGUAUGUAUUUUUUGAACUAAGUGAAACCACAGGUAGCCCAAGCUCUACAAUAAGAUCUUGGGCUAUCUGUGGUAAAAUACAUUAA